AAGUCCUCAGUACAGUCCCAUGGCGGUACAUAUUCAAUAGCAGUGAGCGCUACAUGCAUUGCGCGCUAUACAAUAUAGCGUACUGUACAAUGUGCUACCAUGGAGCUAUACGGUGCUACACACUUAGGCGUGUGUCUAAGACUUCGUGGUAAGCUUGGCGCUGUGUGAGGGUACACAGGAUCGCUGCAAGCAUUACGCUCAGUGCAUAGAUAGGAAGGGAUUGGUUGGGAAAGAAGUAAACUGCGCAAAUUCGUGGGAACGCAACGCUAUCAGUGUCUGUCUCUAAUUCAUUAUUUUUUACAUCGGACUUUAUCACAAUUAUACUGCUCAGUGCCACAAUCUGAGGUGAGAGGUAGAGACCAAUACUGAUGGCGUAGCGUCGCAUGACCAAAGUUCACAAUCCGCAAAAGCUGCAAGCAAAUGAGCUCUGUAAUGUUGACGAUAAACCAUAAUGGCGGCAGAUCUCUCGUGGACAGGUAUGGUGUACGACAUUUGCAUCGUUGGGGCCGGAUUAUGGGGUUCGUCAGCGGCCAGACACGCCUCGUUGCCUGGUCGCAAGGUGUGUCUUAUAGGACCCAGUGAACCACAGGAAAAGGAUCGCCCUUCGCGGGACAUUUUCGCCUCUCAUUAUGACGUCUCACGUACUGUGCGCAAAUAUCAGGGAAGUGAUCACAUUCGGAGUUUGAUGACAAUGAGAGCUUAUAAAGGUCUUCAAGAAUUGGAAGGAACCACAGGCAUACAACUCAACGCAGCAGUGGGUCACAUCAUGUAUGGAAAAGAUAUCGAAAGCAUAACGGUGCCAAUAGCCAAGGAAGAAGGUGUUCUCUUGACGGCAGAAGGCGUCCGUGAAAGGUAUCCAUUCUUGGACACCAGUCGAUAUGGCGACACCGCCAUGUUGUUACCAGUUGACGCCGGCCACGCCAACCCUCGAAUGAUCGUCCGUGCGCAGCAAGAGGCAGCCGCCCUCCAAGGCUGUGAUAUUAUUGAUGACGUAGUUCAGUCGGUGGAGGAGUCGGGGGACCACACUCACGGCGAGCCAUUGAUGAGGGUUGUGAUUGAGAAAGAGCGCCCCCUCCUUGCAAAGAAGGUGUUACUGUGCACAGGCGCGUUCACACAGUUCAAGGAUCUUCUACCGCCCUCUACAAAACUGGAUUUUGGAAUUGAUGGGUCGUUCACAGUUCGGCUGGAGGUUGGGGAAGGCGAUUUGGAGAAGCUUCGCAGCAUGCCUACUAUGACAUCUUUCACCGACGAGGAUUGGAAGUGUUACAUUCUCCCGCCGAUAAAGUACCCAGAUGGGAAAUACUACGUGAAGCUAGGACCAGGCUACCAGGACCAGCGAAGACUGACCAGCCUCAAGGAAGUCAAAGACUGGUUUCUGUCUAAGCCCGAUCCGAAGUUGGUGGAAAAGUACAGAGAUUUGCUUUUGAGUAUCGUUAAAGGCUUCCAUCCAGUCUCUGUCAAAACCGAUAUGUGCGUAAUUUCACAUACGCCGACCGAACUCCCCUACUGUGACAUGUUGUCGCCCAGACUCGGCCUUGCGAUUGGAGGAAACGGUUUUGGGGCGAUGAUAUCUGAUGAGGUGGGGAGGAUGGCCGCUGAGAUGAUCGCUGGAGGGGAGAAUUGGAGCCGAGACAUACCGAGGGAGAUGUUCAAGGCUCGUGUCCUCACACCGACUGCCAACUUGUAAAAAAAACCUUACAUUGCGGAUAGCUCCCGCAAGCUUCUUAUACAUGUGAACCUAGCUGGUCGGGGUCAAUCAUUGGGAAGAAGACACGGCAACUCUGUUCUGAAGGUUUAUUUCUGGAAAUGAAAAAGGAAAGACGGAAAAGGAAUUGGAGGUGUCUUCCCUGGUUUCCAGUCAGAAUUUGAAUUUACACCACUGAAAGUAUUAAAGGAAAACAUAAAAAGACAUAAAAGAUAAUAACUAGCUGAGUGAUGAUUUAAGCUGAGUGAUGUUAAUGUAGGAGCUUAUCAGCUACAUCAAUCAAGAUCAAGAACUAGGACUAGUUAAUCAAACAAACAUAUACAUCGUCACAUUAUAUGUUAAAUCUCAAAUAGAAUCUCAAAGGACAAAGAAAGCGUGAGUAUUAAGUGUCAACUUUGUGACGGAGUUAGUAAAGGAUGGCCUGGUCCUAAAAAUAACUAUCGUAUUAAAUUAUAAAAAUACAUAUACCGACUGGAAUGAACAAUAUAAUCAAUCACGUAAACGGAUAAAGGAUGGCUACGUUAACGAUGUUUGGUUCCCGCCAAAGCUCAAAUGUCAGUCGCCAUCUUGAAAAUGAGACAAAACAAUUAAAGAAAAUACGAAAAGCUUAAA